GCUCGAGACUCCGCGCAACAAUCAGUCUUAGUUUUGCAUUUCGCCGAACAACCGCGACAUAGAUAUCACACUUGCCAGCUACAACAAUUUCAUCGCCAAAAUGCCGGUCGAACUCUAUGGAAUGUCUGCUUCUGCCCCAUGCCGAAUUGUGGCCAUGACUUUGGAGGUCUUGGAAGUUCCUUACGAAUACAAGACCAUUGACUUGAUGGCUGGUGACCAAAUGAAGCCCGAGUACUUGAAAAUCAAUCCUCAACACAACAUUCCCACACUCGUGGAUGGCGACUUUGCCAUGAAUGAGAGUCGAGCCAUUGCCACCUAUUUGGCCAACGCUUACGGCAAGGAUUCCAAGCUCUAUCCCGUCGAUCCCAAGGUUCGGGCUGUGGUCGAUCAACGGCUCUACUUUGAUAUGGGCGUGUUUUACAAAGCCAUUGGUGAUAUUAUCUACCCAAAGAUGUUCGAGGGCAAGGACCCUGAAUCAGGAGCCAAGGAUAAGCUCAAGGAGGUUCUCGGUUGGGUCAAUGACAUGAUCAAGAAGAGCGGCUACGCCGCUGGAACCGAUUCCUUAACUCUAGCCGAUUUAGCCUUCAUCGCCUCCUUCAGUACUUUGGUGGAGACUGGUUCAUUCGACGUGUCUGGUUUUGCAGAGUUGAAUGCUUGGUUUGAAAAGGUCAAAGGAGAAAUCAAGAACUACGAGAAGGCCAAUGGUGCCGGAGCCACGGCCAUGGGACAAUGGUACAAAUCGAAGCUAUGAUUUUUUAUAAGCUAACUUAUGCGAUACUCGGACAUGGAACGUGUUGGAAAUAAAGUGUUAGGCCACCGA